UAUAAACUAGCUGUUUACUAGUUAUUAAUGUUUUUUUUAUUAUUAUUUUUAUUCUUCAUUUGAAUUUUAUCAUUGUGUUUUCUAUUUUAGCAUUUGUUACUGGUAUUUAACCAUUUCUUAUUACUUUUAGUUAUUUUACUGUGACUCCUUGUUUAAUUUAGACCUGCUGUUAGUAUGUACUUCUCUGUAAGGCUGUCUUAAGACUAUUUUAGUUGUGAAAGGCGCUGCACAAAUAAACUUCACUAGUAUGGGGAUUGGGACGCGGCCCAAGUCUCAAGUCUCCUAGCCUUACAACUGCGCGAGACCUUUUAUUAAAACCCUUCCUCUGUUGAAACCGUUGGGAGUCACGUUUCCAUCCCUUACUCCAUUUACAGCACGAAUACACUGGAAUAAGACAUUAUUAUGGACAACAUUUAAAAAAAAUAUUUUUUUUAGUAAGUAUUUUACUUUUAAGUGUCUGAGUUGUUCGUGAGUGGGCGUGGUCCAAGAAGAAAAGCGAAACUACAGUAAAUUCAAACUUCCUGGUUGCCGAAAAUGGUGGUGUUUCAACACAUGGCAAGCAAAGGCUGCAACAGUUAGGUCACAGUGGAUCCAGAGCCUGUCUUGGGAACAUGAGGCAGGAAUACACCCUGGAUGGCUUGAAUGUAGGACCUGUCUGGAAUACUUCAGGCUCCACUGAUAAUCAGCCGUCACCACACUGCAGUAUUACAGUCUGGUCUUUAACUGAGAAAACGUGGACAUUUGAAGCCCAUUUCAGAUGAUUGGGAGAGAGGCAUUGUAAACCAUUAACAUGGGGAACAGCACGUGCUGCCCAUCAUCAAACCCGUGUGAUCACACGGUGGAUGAAUCGCAGGGGCUGCUGAACUCACCUGAAUCGAAGGUUUCAGCCAGGCCACUAAUGACUGAUGGCAUCAGCCAAUCGCUGGAGGUCGAGGAGAGCAAAACUGAAGCAGACUGCAAAAAACAAGAAAAAGAUGUAGUCUCCACGCAACCGAUAGCAGCUCCCAAGUCAGCUGAGGAGCCUGUACAGAGUUCGUAUGGUUCUGUAAUCCAGAUGCUCCACACUGAUGUCUCCCUCGCUGCUCAAACUAGCCAAAGUGCCUCACCUGUGUCAAGUGUGUCAGAGGAGCUAGUAGAUGCAUCUACUACAGCCACAGAAACAAAAAAGGAUGAUGAGACUACAAAAGAGACCCAGGCUUCUGCCACUGAAGUCACCGAUGCAUUGGCAGUGAAAGCACCAACAGAGUUGGCUACAGCUAAAGUGGACGACGAAAAAGAAGCUCAAAUAACUGACGCACUGGAAAAAGAGGACAAAGCAGAUGAGCCUAAGUUGAUGGUACAGGUUGCAACGGCAGAAGGUCCUGCUGAUGAGCUGCAUGGUGUGCAGGUGGACACACAGAAGGAGGUUGCUGAAGCUGAUAAAAGUGAGGAUUCUGCUGAGAUGAAUGGAGAGAAAGAAGCUGCUGAGGUCGAUACAGAGAAGGAGGAACUCAAAACACCUGUAGAAGUUUUACCUGCAAUUGAUAACCUCCAAACCCAGGAGCCAGUUGUGAAUAACUCGACAUUUGAUGAACUUGAAGUAAAAGGAUUUCUGACCCCUAUGGACAUAGCACAGAACAGUGCAGAUACCUUACUACCAGAAAAAUUCAGUGCAGAACCCCUGGUAUCUUUAUCAGAGCCCUCAGGUGAGGUAGAAAACACAGAAAUAGCCAUUGAAAAAUCAAUGGUUGAUAAAGUGCUGGAAAACCAUGAAGAGCAUGUUGUUUCCAACAUGUCUGAAAUGAAGGAAGACAGCUUACCUCCUAAAACUCAGGAAACGUCAGAGCAGGGGUCCUCUCCAACAGUGAACAUUAGUGAGGAAUCCACUGUGAACUAUGUAGAAAAUGGCCAAGUGGAUGACGUGACUGGUGGUGAUUUGAAAGAUGAGAACCCAGCUGAGGUGGAUGUAGAAGUACCUCAAUUGACUGAGACGUGUGAACCCCCUGCCAACAGUACAAGUGCCAGCAUUUCAGAGGAGGUGGAGACACCAGAGUCCACAGACAUUGCAGAAGUCCAGAAGACAAUCCCAGAGUGUAUAAAAAAGGAAGGAGAUGUUGGAGAGGCUUAUCAGAACGGUUUGUACACACAUGCUCCUGUAGAGAAGUCUGAAUCUGCAGAGAAGUCUGAAUCUGCAGAGAAGCCUGAAUCUACAGAGGAGCCUGAAUCUACAGAGGAGCCUGAAUCUACAGAGGAGCCUGAAUCUACAGAGGAGCCUGAUGAGCAAGUCAAUGAAAAUGAGCCCAAAAGUAAGGCCACUGGUCCAAGUGAGGCAUUGUCAUUGGAUCAUGACCUCAUGGAAGAGAUGGAGCCAGUGCCCCAGGCGAGUGAGAAUGAUGAGACAACAGCAGAAGACGAAAACGAGAAUGCAGAAAGCAACCAGGCCCAAAAAGGAGAGAUUAUUUUGAGUAGUAGCCAUGACAUGAAAGUUGCACUGAUCCCUGUGAGUGACAUAGAAAACAUUGCAGAGAAGGAGGAGGACAAUGAAGACCUCUACCGGGGAGAUGAUGAGAUUGAACAAGUGCAGGCCAAAGAAAUUAAAUCGGUGCCACUCCUGGAGUUUACAAUCCCUGGAGUGGAGGAGAAGUGCAGCUUAGCCGCUCCUGUUGACAUUUUGGCCUACAGUGAGAGAGAGUGGAAGGGAAAUACAGCUAAGAGCAAUCUCAUCAGAAAGGGCUACUCUGAGAUAUCUUGUAGUUUUACUGGGCUGAGGAGAGUAAGGGGGGACAACUACUGCUCGCUGAGAGCUACACUGUAUCAGGUGCUGGCCACCACAACACACACACCAGCCUGGCUAGUGGAGGAAAGUUUCACAUCGUUGCCAGAGAAAAUUGAAGCUCAGGAGCAAUUGAUAGGUAUGUGGGUGUUCCCCCCACAGUGUGUCAAAGCAGGAGAGAAGGAGGAUGCUGUGGAGAAACUUAAACACUAUCUGGAGCUCCUACAGAAAACAUGGCAGGCAGCAGCAGAGUCAGAGAGCCUAGAGGAAAAGCAGGGCGUGUGUGAUCAUGUAUUUCAGGGUGGAGAAGAAGAAUACGGUCUUCUGGAGGUGCUGAAGUUCCUCAUGCUGGUCAAGGCAGUGGAGUUCCAUAGCAAAAUGCAGGCAGAUCAGGAAGUGCCUGUCUUCUGUUGGCUACUGUUCGCCCGUGACACGUCUGAAAACCCCAAAAUGUUCUUCAGCAAUCACCUGAGCCAAGUUGGCUUCAGUGGCGGCCUGGAACAGGUGGAGAUGUUUCUGCUCGGUUAUGCCUUACAGCACACCAUUCAAGCCUUCCGCCUCUACAAGACUGACACGGAGGAAUUUGUGACACACUACCCUGACGACCACAAACAGGACUGGCCCUGUGUGUGUAUCAUCACUGAGGACGACCGCCAUUAUAAUGUCCCCAUAAGGAAGCCAACACAAUACAGACUGUAACAUCUUUGUGUUCUGACCUCACCUGAUUGGUCAUUAUCAGGAUUUCUGGAAGCUGAUUGGAGCAACAGAGUUAAGGUGAAAGACUUUAAUUAGUAGAAAAGAAUAUUUCCAUCUAAACUUUGCUUGUGUUUGGCUAAAGUUGUUAGCUCUUUGGCUAAAGCUAACAAUGCUAACAAAGGCACUCAGGUUUUUUUGUGCAAUUCAUUGACUUUCUUGUGUAGAUUUUGUAUUACAUCGAGUUUACGAUCAGUUCUUAAUUCGUACAAUUGCAGUGUUUAGAAUGAAGUUACGCAUGAUGGUUACAAAAAUACAAUGCAGGUGUUUAUAAUAAACUGCUUUAAAACUUCUUACAGUUGCAAGUGUGAAGCAUGAUGAUGUCGCUAAAAUCGACACAAGCUGACCUUACGUAGAUUGCUCUAAGACAUGAAAUUCAGCUUCAAAGACACAUCCACAUAUAACAACCCUGAUAUAGUAAAAGCCUUUAAGUCUUUUGUGCUCUUUUGGAUGCAUAUUCUUGAUCAAAACUUCAUAUUUGAUAUUAGGCCACGAAAAUAUAAAUUUUUUAACCAGUAUCACAAUUACUGGGCAAUGGAGAUUUCAAAGGAUUUAUAGUUAUACAUAGAGACGCGUGACAAAUUAAAAGAAAAACUGGUCCACUGUUGUGUGGUAGGGGGAAUUCUGAUGGCAUUGGUUGGUUCCACUUGGUGCGAAGCAUCACUGGAAAUCAAUACAACGUCAUUCUCACUUACUACCUUCAACCUCUGAUGAAACAUUUCUAUCCUGAUGGGAGUGGUCUCUCCCAGCAUGACCCCGCCCACAUUAACAGAGCCCGAGGGCUCACUGAAUGGUUUGAUGAGGAAGAAAAUGAUGAAAAUCAUACGCUAUGGCCUUCACAGUCACCAGAUCUAAACCUAAACACCUACGGGAGAUUUUGGAGUGAUGUGUGUGAUGAGAAAUCACUUUCCACUGCCAUCGUCAAAACACCAGUUAAGGCAAUAUCUUUUAGAAGAGUGGCGUUCAUCCCUCCGGUAAUUUGUAGAAUUUACACUAACACCUUACAAAGAUGCUUUAAGAGGUUUUUCCUUUAAUUUGUCACCCGUCUGUAUGGUUAUGUAUGUAUAUUUGUUAUAAAUCAUAAUUGCUAAAUAAUAGAGCUGAAUUUAUUGAAAGCUACUUUGUUAUUCAUCAUAAAACGGGUUGCAAAGUUGGAAGUGUCGAGUCUUAAGGCUAUAGUGCCAAAUAUUUUAGGGAGAAACCUUUAUUACUUUUGUGAGCGGUAGUCUGCUUUUUUAAAGUGUUGUUUUGCACAGACUACACCAGAUGUUCCCCUUAGACCACAAGGAUAGCAGCCACGUUUUUUCUAUUCUGGCUCCCAAAACAUCUGAACUGUGUAAUCAAGGGCUGUGGAGCACUUUUAUUUAUUUUUCUCUGGCUCCAGCAUGCUUCAAGCUGGAAUAGGGGGGAAAAACGGACUACAUUGCCAGACUUGAUUGCUGGAUUGAGAAGCUCUGGACUAGUUCAUUUUGCUACAUUUUUACUGAUGAUAUUAAAGAACAUUAAUAAAUAUACAUACAACUAUAAUGGUCCAGAUAGAGAUUUGAUUGCUUCAGUUAAAUCUUUCAGAACUGCUCAGUUACCACCUCACCCAUUUAUUCAGCAGCCCAUUUUAUAGAAACAUGCGCUUCUCUCUCCUUAGUUUUUAAUUUGAUAGAUGAAGUUGGUGGAAUGUGUACCAUUGCUGUUUAGAUAAUGAAGUAAACCAGACUGUUAUGUCAAUACUUAAUGCUGUUUUAAUUCUGUAUUUUCUUUCUUAAGUUAUGUAAUUUUGUUGAGUUUGUCUCAAACUGCUGCCAAAAUGUUUUAGUUUUACUACUUUGUAAUGUAUAGCUAAUUUAAUGAAGUCUGA